ACUUUCUCGAAUGGCUGCUUUCUUGCUGCUGAUUGCACUAAAUUCUCAAGUAAACAAAAUCUCAACAGUGUAUAUAAACGGAACCAAUAUCACAUAUCCGAGGAAAAAUUGCUGGUCCAGUUGGUCGCCAUGUACAGUAACAUGUAUCCCUCUUGCAAGACCUAAUGAUGCUGAUUUUGCUCGAAGAUGGAGGAUUUGGCUAAGGAAGACGAAGCAAUGCCGCGAUAUGGCACCUCCGAAACAAUUAACGCAAUUCAAGAAAUGUGGUGCGAGUGUACCUCGAUGUCUCCCGUUGGAGAGCAUUUAUGAUCCAUCGCCGCGUACCGUCUAUCGCUUAGCCGCUAUGAUGAUGUGCAUACUCAUAUCUGUCAUACCAUCGUUCUACAUAUGCUCCAAAUACUCUUCUGGUCCUCCAAUGGUCUAUUGGGUGAGAAACGGCAAGAUAUCACCUCCAACCGAUAUUGACGCCGUAGUUGUGACACAGCACAACGAGGACUUUACAAAUGCAUCCAAAACUUGAUUGAAUGCGUUGCAUUGUAAUUGUUGAAUUUGCGAUGCCUUUUCGUAUUUAAUAAACUUUUUUGGAC